UGACUGGAUGACCUCUUCAUGUUCUGCAGAAACCUGUGAAUCACCUGUUCAUUCAGACCAGUCAGCCUGAUGGCGGGACCUGCCUCCUCCGUUUCUAAAGACCGUCCAGCUUCCAGGACCAGCUUCAUCCCAGAGCUGCAGAGCAUGAUGUUUGCUCUGGGAGACACUCGCAGGCCUCUGCAUGAAACGGCAGCACUGGUGGAGGACAUCGUCCACACGCAGCUCAUUCAUAUGCUGCAUCAGGCCUGUGAAGGAACUGCACUCAGAGGCUCCAGGGUCAUCUCAGCGGAGGACAUCCUGUUCCUGAUGAGGAGAGACAAGAGGAAACUGGCACGAUUGAUCAAAUAUCUCCAGUUUAGAGAUUAUAAAUCCAAGCUUCUGAGAACUGUAGAGGAUGAGGAGAUGGUGCAGGAACCAGGAGGUUCUGCUGCUGGGAACCAGCGGAGGCAGCGACUGGCUCAGGACUUCCUGGCAUGGAUGGAUCAGACCGGAGUACUUCUGUCGCUGGCUGAGCGACAGGAAGUAGAUCCUGUUAAACAGGAGAGGAUGGAGCGUUUGGAGCGUCAGACCCGGAACAUGGACCCGGCUCAGUACUCAGAGUUCUGUGAGAGUCGACACCUCAGCUUUGCCAAGAAAGCCUCCAAGUUCCGGGACUGGUUGGACUGCAGCAGCCUGGAGCUGAAACCCAACAGCAUGGCCAUGGAGAUCCUCUCAUACCUGGCUUAUGAGACAGUCGCCCAGAUUGUGGAUUUGUCCCUGUUGGUGAAACAGGAAAUGAGUGUGAAGACGAACCCUGUGAGUCAUGUGAUCUCUGCCAGCUACAUCCAGUACAACACACACCCUGAGGUGAAGAAGGACCCAGACUCACCUGAGGCCACACCUCCUUCCACUCCAGGGUCCUCCCACUCUUCAAAGCCCCUUCUGCAGGGAAACGGCAGCAUGGACAGCCGAGUGCGGCAGAGGAAACGCAAAAAGAGCUGUCCGGCUGCUGUGGAGCCGCCCAGUGGAGCCAUCCAGCCCUGUCACAUCAGAGAGGCCCUCAGGAGAUACAACUACACACACAAAACGUCUUCCAGCAGAGGUGGGAUGGCGUUUCUCUGCUGCUGAUGACUCAGCAGGUUGCUGUUGUUAAUAUGAUGUCAAAUGUUUUCUUCUUAUAAUAAAAGUUUUCACGCUGCUCA